AUGGUCUAUUCAACAGCUGAGUUAUCACCAAAGAUCAGAAACAUUGGGUCUGAAUCGCCAGUCCCACUGACUCGCCUUGAGAAGCUCUUAUCCGAAGAUGACUUCGAGUUUGUUUUGCCCGAGGAUUUAGUCCAGCAGCCUGAUAUAACGGUAGACUACACGUUUGGGAACGGGAUUCUAGGUCAACAGGAUCAUGGCUUCAAACCACAGUCACAAAUCAGAAGGGUGUUGAACACCAUGCACGAAGAGAUACGGCCGGCUGCGCAAUCCCACCCACAUGUGGCGGAGCUUGAACUGAAGGCCUACGGGCGAGAAUGGAUAGUUAAAGCCCUCAAACAAGGCUUUAUCUCAGUCCCAUGGCUCAUGUUCAUUGAUGGUUUUGGUUUGUAUCGCAAUAUGUACCGAUCAAUGACUGGGGGCAUGUCCCUUAAUAUCAAUGGCGAUGAGCUGGUUAUGGCUUUUACGCUAGGAUAUAUUGGGGACAUGCCCCAGCAGAAUGAUAAUGCCGGGAUACUAUGCCAGAACGCAGCCGAGGGCUGCAGAAGCUGCUUGGCCUCGAAAGAGGAGCAUGGAGACAUCCACUUUGACUACAUGAGGCUUGGCCGAUACCACCAUCACCAAGUCCAGCUCCGGGAGCAUGGAAGCACACUUCCUCCUGCAAAAAAGAAGGCGUGGUACCAGCAAUGGGGGAUGCGUGAAAACCGAGCCUGCGUUGUUCAAAAUAUCACCAGCGCUUGA